CAUUGGAGGACUGUUGGCAGGGGGCGGAGAGCUCUAAUGUCUGGGUUUGGGCGGGAAUUGAAACCGCCUCUGCUGCCCACAAGAACUUGAUUGCCCCAACUAUCCAGCGUUGAAGGGAGCCAUGGUGCGGCCAGUGAGGAAUAAGAAACCAGUCAAUUACUCACAGUUCGAGGACUCCAAUAGUGAUGAUGAUUUUGUUUCUGCAACUGGACCUUUAAAUAAGAAAUCCAGAACAACACCAAAGGAGUUAAAACUAGAAAAACCAAAACCUAAAUUAAAAAAUCUCCAAAAAGAAGACACCCUAUUACAAGAGAAAACUCCUAAAAAAAGGAUCGCUUUAGAUGACAAGCUCUACCAGAGAGACUUAGAGGUUGCGCUGGCAUUAUCAGUGAAGGAACUUCCAACAGUAACCAUUGAUUUGGAGGAGUCUCAAGGCAAUGAAAAACGUGGCAAUAGUGAAACAGAAAUGAUGGAUAAGCCUCCCCAUAUCUCCAAUUGCAGUGUAGCCAGUGAUUAUUUAGAUCUGGACAAGAUUACUGAGGAAGAUGAUUCCCGUGGUGCUCAAGGGAAAAGAAAAGCAGCAUCUAAAGCGCUGGUACAGCAGAGAAGGAUUCUUCUGGAGGGCAGUGAUGGUGACAGUGCUCAUGGCUCCGAACCAGACUUUGAAACUGGUGAAGACUCUGAGGAUGAUUCCGAUUUUAGUGAGGGGGAAGAUAAUGAUGAAGACUUCACUGUAAAAAAAAGUAAAGAAAUAAAAAAGAAAGAGGUGAAGGUUAAAUCCCCAGUUGCAAAGAAAGUGAAGAAACCAAAAUCCAAAUGUAAUGCAUUAGUGACUUCAGUAGACUCUGCUCCAGCUGCUGUCAUAUCAAAACCUCAGUCUUCACCAAAAAAGGUUUCUCGUUCUUCAGAGGCUUCUAGGAAACCAUUGCAAAUAUGCAGUCCUUCAGCUGAAAUCAAGAGACCUAAGUGGGUCCCACCAGCGGUAACCGGAAGUAGCAGCACCAGCAGGAGUCCACUGGCAGCGGUGGCUGUUAAGUCUCCAAAUCAGAGUCUUCGCCUUGGCUUGUCCAGAUUAGCACGAGUUAAACCUCUGCACCCAAAUGUCACUAGUAGCUGA